AUGGUUCGCAUUGAUGGAUCGACACUGGCAGAGAAGUGGGAUACACUGGAUGAGACCAGCAAGGAGUCUAUCUGCCAUCAAACGUGGGACAUUGUUUCCCAGAUCAGAGCCAUCCCGCGGCCACCAGAGCUAGAAGGUCUCUUUCUCUGCAUGGCCGAUGGCACUCCCUCCAAAGAUCCAGUAUUCGAGGAUCUUCAAGAACCGGGAAGGCCUUUACGAAGCGACUCCGAGGUGCGAGCUCGCAUCGUCGAGCGUUAUCAUCAAUGCCGUGGUCGUCGCUAUGCGACUGAGCUACCUAACAUGUUGCCGCGUACAGAUACUUCGGUGUUCACACACAGCGAAAUUGCCCCUCGCAACAUCUCGAUCGACGAGCAGAAUAAUAUUGCCGGGCUGCUUGACUGGGCAUCGGCGGGUUGGUAUCCGGACUAUUGGGAGUAUGCGCAGAUACUUAGACCUACCCCCUGGGGCGAUUGGUCGGAGUGGAUGGAACGGACUGCGCCGCAGAAGUGGGAUAUCAAGGGAAUCAAUGUCUCCCGGAAGGCCUUGUUUUAA